AUGGCAAAAGAUAAAGAUAAAGAUGAUGACGAUCAUCAACAACAACCCAAAAGAGACUUUACAGAUGAAAGCAACAAUCACAAUCAAGAUAACAAAGACGAUGAAGACAAUGAUAUAGAUGAAGAAGUAUAUAUACCAUUCAAACUAUUAGUUAUUGGUGAUCCUGCUUGCGGAAAGUCAUCAAUAGUUAAUAGAUAUUGUUUGAAUAGUUUUGAAUCAAAUUAUAAGAUUACAAUAGGAGUAGAUUCAUUAACAAAACAUCUAAGAGUUGAUGGUAAGAUGGUAUCAUUAUUAUUGUUUGAUGUGGCUGGUCAAGAACGAUUUAGACAUAUGAUUAGAAGUUAUUUUCAAAAUGCUCAUGCUGCCAUUAUCGUUAUGGACGCAACUAGAGUAUUACCAACACUCAAUGCAUCAUCUAUUUGGAGACAAGAGAUUGAUUGUUGUUUUCCCGAUUCUCCUCUACCAACUAUAUUAUUAGUCAAUAAGUGUGAUUUAUUAAAAGAUAAAGAUGCAAUCAUUGAAACAUUGGAUCAAUUUGUAGUUGAACAAAACAUUGAUAAAUAUUUCUUUACAUCGGCCAAAUAUGGUACUGGUAUCGAUGAAUCAAUGGAAUAUAUAGCAAAGAUAUUAUUACAACAAGAAAUUGAUAGGAUUACCAAUCCAAGAGAUAGUUUUAAAUUACAACCAAAUAAUAAUAAUAAUACCAACGCAUCAUCAUCCUCUCCGACAUCUUCAUCCUCUUCUCAACGACUUUUAACAAACAUUAUUUUGACAAUGGGAGCACCCAUUCCAAACAUUACCAAUAUUUAUGUCUGUCCAAGUGAAUCUGGACAGGUCAAGUUUUCUUUCUUUGGACCAAGUACCGACCCCGAAUACCCCCAAUACAAGGCAGCCGCCGUCAAAGCCUUUUCAGACAAGGCUGGUGAUUUUUGCACCAAGUACAACCGUUCCACCGUCAUGUACCACCCAGACGAGUCACCCGCUGUCAUCAACUCGCUCGACCUUGUCGAGGCUGGCGUCCAAGUCGUCAUCGGUCCACCAUACACUGGUACCAGUCAGGUAUCGUGUUUGAUUUUGGGAGCCUUCGAAGUACCCAACCUCAGUUUUUACGCCACUGGUACCGAUCUUUCCAACCCGGGCAAAUACCCAUUCUUUAACCGUGUCAUUCUCGACGAUCUCCAACAAGUACAUGGUAUUUUGGCGUUGGUCAAGUAUUUGGGAUGGGAGCGUAUCUCUUGCGUCCACACCAACGAAGACUAUGGUAUUGGAGGUGCCAACAUUUUGGUGCGUGAGGCCAAUUUGAUUGGUGUCUCGGUUGACACUAUCCAAUCGAUCGACACUGUCGACGGCGGUGUCCCACCACCCGACUCUGAAUACGACCGUGUCUUGUCCAACUUGGACGACGUCAAGGCUCGUGUCAUCAUUGCCUAUGCCAUCUUCCCAAUCGAUUGUACCACCUUGUGGGACCACGCUCGUAAAAACGGUAUGCUUGGCCGUGGCUACACUUGGAUUGUAACCGACGGUUGUGCCGAAUACGCCAACGAAAACCCACCCGAUGACUUUGAAGGUGUUAUUGCCUUUUUCCCCAACUACAACAUUGGUCCAGGUUUCGAUGCCUUUUACAACGAAAUGGUUGCUGUCGAUGUUGACGGUGCCUUUUACAAGGGAUCUGCCUUUUCCUAUGAUUCUGCUACCGCCGCCGUCCUUGCUCUUGACAAGGUCUUGGCCAACGGUCAAGAUGUCGACGAUGGACCCCUUGUCCUCAAAACCAUCCGUGAAUCAAACUUUACGGGUCUCUCUGGAUCCGUCACCUUUGACCCGGAAACUGGUGAUCGUAGCGGUGGUCAAUUCUCCCUCCUCAACUUUUACAAUGGUCAAUUCAACAAAAUCGGUACAAUCGAUCCUGAAACUAGAGCUGUCAACCUUUCAAGAUUAAUUAUUUUCAUGGGUGGUACUACUGAUAUUCCUUCAGAUUAUGAGGUUAUUGAAUACAGUGUUGCAUUGAAUGCAGUUUUAGGAGCUAUUACUGGUGUUUGUACAUUAUUGGUAUUAUUUAUCGGUGGUGUCAUUGUAUUCCAAUGGAGAAAGUUCCGUUAUUCUUCACCAUUAUUCUGUCUCUUUAUUAUUGUUGGUGCAUUAUUAAGUUUUGUAUCAAUUUAUACAUUAUUACCAACACCAACUGAUAGAUUAUGUAUUGCAUUCCCAUGGACAUUGGGUCUUGGUUAUUGUAUUGUAUUUGGUACAUUGUUUACCAAGACAUGGAGAACAUGGAGACUUUUCUCCAAUGCUCGUAAAUUCAAGAUUAUUUCCAUCUCGACCAAGAUGAUGUUUAGCGUUGUCGGAUCAUUUGUGUUGCUUGAAUCUGUCUUUAUGAUUAUCUGGACAACCGUUGACUAUCCACAAAUCGAGGCUGCACCCAUCUACAAGAGUGGACAGGCUCAAUUGCAAUGCGUACAACAAUACGAACCAUGGUGGUACGUCUUUGUCUUUUACAAGGUGUUUUACAUUAUUGUCGGUGUCUUUUUGGCAUUCAAGACACGUAACGUUGUCGAUUCGUUGAACGAGUCCAAGCCAAUCACCAUGUCACUCUACAAUCUUACCUUUGUCAUGUUGAUUUCCGUGCCACUCGGUUUCAUCCUCAACGACUAUCCAACAGCCGUUCUCGUCAUUGAGGUUGUUGCUAUCCUCCUCUCGUUCACUGCCACAGUCUGCUUACUUUUCUUGCCACGUGUCUGGUUGAUUAUUUCAGGUCAACAACAUUCUAUCGAUACCCGUGACUCUUCCUACAACAGUGGUGGCUACUCGUCCCAACAAAGUGGUGGUGUUGCCAUGAAGUCCUCUACCGCCUCUGCCACUGCCAAACCAACCUCGUCGGAAAAGACAAACGAACGUAGUGCCCCAAGUCACACUGAAAGCACCGGUUCCCUCCGCGCCAAGGGUGACAUGCAAUCCGUCAUUGUCUCUGGUGGUGGUACAGUAUACACAGGCGGGGAUCCAAUCCCAGCUUAA